AUGAUUGCUGAUGUCCAGAAGGUUUAUGUUCCUGAUGCUUUAAAUUCCUCUCGAGAGAGAGCUGGUGGAACUUCCAAGUCUUCUGAAGACAUAUCAGUAGAUAAUAAUUCAGAUAAUAAAAUGUUAAAUGUAAAAAGAGCCACUGUUUCAUGGGAAAAUAAUCUUGAAGAUUUGGUAGAAGAUGAAGAUUUGGCUGAGGAUCUAGAAGAAGGUGAAGAAACUCAAAAUAAAGAAAUGGAACUUAGUGAUGAAGAUUUGGAUAGAACUGUGGAAGAUAAGACUUUACUUAACUGCAAGGAGAACAAGAAACUAUUGAAUUUAAUAGAAGAACUGAAAAAAAAACUGAUAAAUGAAAAAAAAGAGAAGUUAACAUUGGAACUUAAAAUUCGAGAAGAAGUUACACAGGAAUUUACUCAAUAUUUGGCUGAACGUGAGGCUGACUUUAAAGAAGCAAUCCUUCAGGAACGAGAGAUGUCAGAAGAAAAUGCUGAAUGCCGUUUGGCGAUCUUCAAGGAAUUGGUUGGUGUAUGUGACAUUCAGGAAGAACCAAGCAAUAGAGUUUGUGCUGUGAAAGUUGAAACUGAGGUUUAUGUUCCUGAUGCUUUAAAUUCCUCUCGAGAGAGAGCUGGUGGAACUUCCAAGUCUUCUGAAGACAUAUCAGUAGAUAAUAAUUCAGAUAAUAAAAUGUUAAAUGUAAAAAGAGCCACUGUUUCAUGGGAAAAUAAUCUUGAAGAUUUGGUAGAAGAUGAAGAAUUGGCUGAGGAUCUAGAAGAAGGUGAAGAAACUCAAAAUAAAGAAAUGGAACUUAGUGAUGAAGAUUUGGAUAGAACUGUGGAAGAUAAGACUUUACUUAACUGCAAGGAGAACAAGAAACUAUUGAAUUUAAUAGAAGAACUGAAAAAAAAACUGAUAAAUGAAAAAAAAGAGAAGUUAACAUUGGAACUUAAAAUUCGAGAAGAAGUUACACAGGAAUUUACUCAAUAUUUGGCUGAACGUGAGGCUGACUUUAAAGAAGCAAUCCUUCAGGAACGAGAGAUGUCAGAAGAAAAUGCUGAAUGCCGUUUGGCGAUCUUCAAGGAAUUGGUUGGUGUAUGUGACAUUCAGGAAGAACCAAGCAAUAGAGUUUGUGCUGUGAAAGUUGAAACUGAGGUUUAUGUUCCUGAUGCUUUAAAUUCCUCUCGAGAGAGAGCUGGUGGAACUUCCAAGUCUUCUGAAGACAUAUCAGUAGAUAAUAAUUCAGAUAAUAAAAUGUUAAAUGUAAAAAGAGCCACUGUUUCAUGGGAAAAUAAUCUUGAAGAUUUGGUAGAAGAUGAAGAAUUGGCUGAGGAUCUAGAAGAAGGUGAAGAAACUCAAAAUAAAGAAAUGGAACUUAGUGAUGAAGAUUUGGAUAGAAAUGUGGAAGAUAAGACUUUACUUAACUGCAAGGAGAACAAGAAACUAUUGAAUUUAAUAGAAGAACUGAAAAAAAACUGAUAAAUGAAAAAAAAGAGAAGUUAACAUUGGAACUUAAAAUUCGAGAAGAAGUUACACAGGAAUUUACUCAAUAUUUGGCUGAACGUGAGGCUGACUUUAAAGAAGCAAUCCUUCAGGAACGAGAGAUGUCAGAAGAAAAUGCUGAAUGCCGUUUGGCGAUCUUCAAGGAAUUGGUUGGUGUAUGUGACAUUCAGGAAGAACCAAGCAAUAGAGUUUGUGCUGUGAAAGUUGAAACUGAGGAAGCACAUAAUUAUGUAGGAUUUGAAGAUAUUAUUGACUCUCUUCAAGAUGAUGUCACUGAUAUUAAGAAACAGGCUGAAAUUGCUCACUUAUGCAUUGCAUCUCUUGCUGAUCCCCAGGAAGCCAUUGCUUGUUUACAACUAAAGUUAAGUCAAGUUAAAACUGAAUUAGAUAAAACUAAAGAAGAAUUAA